AUGGAAAAAGUUGUGUGGCAACUUAAUAUGGUAUUUGAAAAUGUGAAAAAAUUCAGAGAAGCUUUGAGCAAGUAUGCAAUUGAGAGAGGUUGUCAACUGGAUAAGAUCCACAAUGAUCAAAGAAGGGUCAGAGUAAAAUGCAAAGCUAAUGGCUGUCCUUGGAUACUUUAUGCAAGCAAAGAUUUCAAAUCUUCUGAUUUCAUUAUAAAAACCUACAAUCCUAGACAUAAGUGUUAUAUGACCAAUACCAACACAAUGUGCAACUCUAAGUUUUUGGCUAAGUACUAUAAAAGUAGAGUUGUUUCUCAACCUUGCAUAAAGGGAUGGGAAAUACAAGAUUUGGUCAGGACAGACAUGGGAUUGUAUGUUGGUAAGUUCGUGUGUUUGAAGGCCAGAAAAAUGGUGUUGAAAAAGAUAAUGGGUGAUCAUGUUGCUGAGUUUAGUAGAAUCUAUGACUACGGAGAUACGCUUCUUGAAUCAAAUCCAGGAAGCACUUGUGUGGGAAUAUCUAAAGGCCAGCUACUUGUUGCUAUUGCAAAGGAUGGGAAUAAUCAGAUGUUCCCAAUAGCAUGGGUUGUUGUUGGAACUGAAAGUAGAGAAACUUGGACUUGGUUUUUGAGAAUCUUGAAAUCUGAUUUGGACAUUAAUGAUGAAGGAGAAUGA